AUGCCUCGCGAUCCUCUCAUCGGCCUGAAAGACCCUGGCCAAAGCUGUCGGAACUUGGCGCUGAUCGCGAGUGAAAUAGGCAAUUUCCCGUUCACCACAAUUGAUCCCCAGCGAGCAAUCGGCUAUCUUCAGAUCGAAUGUGCUUGUUCCCGGUAUAACGUAUCAGACAGAUGCAAACCAAAUUAUGGAGCUUGCGUUGAGGGCCGUCGUUCUGUCCCUAUUGAACUUCUUGACGUUGCUGGCCUCGUCCCCGGUGCUCACGAGGGCCGGGGCUUGGGGAACAAGUUUCUCGAUGACUUACGACAUGCUGAUGCUCUAAUUCAUGUUGUCGAUGCUUCGGGCACUGUCGAUGCUGAAGGAAAGGAGACAAGAGGGUAUGAUCCUUCCGUGGACAUUGCGUGGCUACGAAGCGAGAUCGUUGCUUGGGUUCUCGGCAAUCUCAUGCAACGAUGGGGAUCUAUUCGACGAAGGCAUCAGGCUAUCAAGGCAACUGCUACAGAAACACUGCAAGCGCAGUUCUCUGGUUAUGGUGCAACAUCGACUAUUGUGAACCGUGCUCUUGAUCGUUGCGGCAUCAAGGAGCCCCUGGAGGACUGGUCCAAUGAGACCGUAGAGCUGGUCGUCAAUGCCUUCAUUGAUGAGAAGUUCCCUACGGUCAUCGCACUUAACAAAAUCGAUCACCCCGACGCUGAUAAGAACAUCUCCAAAAUCGCCAAGCAGCAAGACCCUAAUACCAUCGUGCUGUGUUCAGCCAUCUCGGAAAUUUUCUUGCGAAAGAUGGCUAAACAGGGCUACAUCAAGUAUGUCGAAGGCAGCGAAUUUAUUGACACCAAGGAGGAUCUUAUAGAGCAAGGCGACCCGACUGGCGGUGGUCUUAAAGAUCUCGAUGAGAAAAAUCGUAACCGUAUCGAGAACCUCAAGGACAUGGUACUUUACCGCUUUGGAUCUACCGGUGUCGUUCAAGUCCUUUCGAAAGCCGCUGAGCUCCUUGGUCUCGUACCCGUUUUCCCCGUCCGGAAUACUUCCACCUUCAGUUCUGGUGCAUCAGACUCCAAGUUUGUUUUUCGUGAUUGUGUUCUUGUCAAGAAAGGCAGCACGGUUGGUGACGUGGCGCGCAAAGUGAUGGGAGAUGCACCUAUCGCCUUUGUCGAAGGGGCUGGAAAUAUUCGAGUAUCUGAAGACGAUUUUGUAGCUGUGGGCAAGAAUGAUGUUUUGUCAUUCAAGGUUGGCAGAGCUUAA